GGUCACAUUGCCAGGGUCGCUGGGCAAAGGCUGGGAGGUAAGUUUGGCUGUAAUUGCUAAUCGAAUGGCUGGCCGUCGUGCUGCCCUGAAGACCAUUGAUUGGCUGGCGUUUGCUGAGCGUGUCCCACCCCAUCAGAGGAACAUGUUCAACUCACUGAAGACCAGAAGUGAUGCCAUCUCUGCCAAGUUAGCCUCUCUGCCUGAAAAACCUGCUUCCAUUGACUGGGCCUACUACAGGAGUGUGGUGGCUAAACCAGGCAUGGUGGACGAGUUUGAGAAAAGGUUCAAUGCUCUGAAGGUGCCUGAGCCAGUAGACACUCAGACGAGUGCCAUCACUACGCAGGAGGUAGAGACAAACAAGGAUGCCAUGUCCUACAUUGAGGCCUCCAGUGCCCGCAUCGCUGGUUAUGAGAAAGAGCUGGAGAAGUUCAAGAACAUGGUUCCCUUCGACCAGAUGACCAUUGAGGAUCUGAAUGCUGCGUUCCCGGAGACUAAGCUAGACAAAGUGAAGUACCCUUACUGGCCACACAAGCCUAUUGCUGAACUUUAAAUAAACACUUACAGUCUAAAAACAA